AUGCAAUCUCUGUUCCUUGGAAGUCAAGGCAAUAAUCGAUUGGCAUACACUGGCCAAAUUCAGUACCUUUUCUUUCACUCUUUCACUCCACCAGUAGACAACACAAAGCUCCAAACACGUACCGUUUAUCAAGAUAAACACAUAUUUGCAUUUAUUAAGUGGUUCCAGAUUGAGCAUGACUGUUCAAGAGAGUUGGAAAGUGUCAACAUCUGCAAUGCAGAAUUUAUUGCAUGUGAUUUUGAAUGCAUCUUUCCAGUACAUUGGAUAUCAUCAGUUGUUGCAGUAUGUGAUUAUAAAACCAGCACAAAUAAUAAGAAAAGACUUGUCAACGCUUUACCGCACAAAUAA